AUGAAGCAGAAACGCAUCCUCUUCCUGACAAAUGCCGAGCUCGGGCAGGCCAAUGUUCAUCUCGCCGUCCUCCAAUGGCUUCAGUCCAACGCCGCAGACGUCGACCUGCACCUGUCUUCCUUCCCCGCGCUGCAGCCGUCUGUGAAUGCCCUCAACGAAACCGCCUCGCCCAACGCGCAGGUCACGUUUCACGAGUUGUCGGGCCCGACGUGGAAGGAAAGCCUCUUCUACCGUCCCGAGCACCAGUGGCAAGAAAUAUGCAGCCUGCCUCCGAACGUCUGGAGUGUUUCUCGCGCCGCGCCGCUCAUGCCCCGUGUCGCAUGCCCCUGGAGUGCGGACGAGCUGCUUGAUCUCAUCAUGCAGGUCAAAAAGGUGGUGCAGACUGUCGAUGCAGACCUCGUCAUGGUCGACAACCUCUUCACCCCCGCCGUCACCGUCUGCUACGAUAUCAAGCCCAGGUGGUCGAUUCUGUCGCCAAACACCUAUCGUGAAUUCAUCCUUGGCAAGCAGCCUCGUUAUGAGUCCUUUUGGAAACAUCCCCCAACAGCUUCAUUUAUCCCCUACCCCGUACCGCUCUACUUGAUUCCAGUAGCGUUGUACUACCAGCGAGAAUGGAGAAAGAACCCCCAUAGCGAUUACAUACACAGUGUCGCCAUGAGUAUUUGGGAAAAGACUGAGAUAUACUACUCCGACUGGGGUCGCAUAUCCUUUGAUCCACCGGAAGGUUUAAAGGUUUUUCUUCCUAGCAACUCGACUGUUGACUUUCCGUUUUCCGUCGUUCCAGAACACUAUGUUUCGUGCGGACCGAUCGUUCGCUCAGCGCCGCCAUUAAAAGAGUCUGAUGUGGAAUUAGAUGCGUGGAUACGGCAAAGGUCAACCGUGUAUAUCAACUUGGGCACGCAUUUCCUGUACGAUGAUAGCGGGACCAUGAGCCUCGCGGCUUCCAUUAAAGCCCUUUUAGACGCUGCAACAGAGGCCGGACGAGAUAUUCAGGUGCUUUGGAAGCUGAACAAGGGCGUCAACUCUGACGGCGAUUACGCACCCUUGCAUCAGAAAAUUGGCUACCAUGACCGUGUUCGUAUCGUCGACUGGCUGUUGGCUGAGCCCAUUUCAAUCCUCACUUCAGGUUCUGUCAUCUGCUCAGUCAACCACGGCGGUGCCAAUAGUUAUUUCGAAGCUGUCAGCGCGGGCGUACCUCAAGUCGUGCUCCCGGUAUGGUUUGAUACCUACGACUUUGCACGGCGCGUCGAGUACUUUGGCAUUGGCAAGAUAGGCAACUACCACAACGCGCCGAGGUGUUCGGAAAGCGAGCUGUCGCCGAUGCUGAAGCAGGUUGUGCUGGGGAAACGGGCUGAAAUCAUGCGAAGCAAGGCCGCUGCCAUGGCGGAAGCGUGCAAGGCCAACGGCGACGGGUGCGCAGUCGCGGCGCAGGGGAUUCUCAACUUGGCGCUUUCUGCGGCUGAGGCCUGA